AUGGAACAAACAAAGAUCAUAGAAAGAAUUCUAGCUGAAACUAAAUACCAUGUGGACAACAUUCGUACUAACCUAAAUCAAUCUGGAAAUAUAAACCGCACAAUAAAGGAGGAAAUACAAAAAAGUACUAAAGGUCUAUAUAACAUGGUGCUGCAGAGCAUUAAGAUCAAUACAGGAGAAGCAGUAGACUACAAUUUGGAAAUAGAUAUGCGAAAACCAGAAUCGAACGAACACAAACUUAACGAAUUAUUAGAAUAUAUUAAAACACAGACCACCACAUUGGAAAGAACACAACAGGAAAUUUUGAGCUUGAGAGGAGAAAUGAAAGAGCUUAAGACUAGAAAGACCGACGAAACAAGUAACAAAAUACAAGAACCAAAAUCGCAAAGAAUAGAACAAACUGGGGAAUAUCUUCGUAGAGAAUUGAAGGAACAUAGCGAACUUUUAAGAAACAGCUUUACUAGAAUUGAAAUGUUAAGUGACAAGAUUGAUAACCACCAGAAAGUGCUUGAAGGCACUACGUACGCGAGUGUGGCAGCGGGUAAUACAAAUGUAAAGAAAUACAUUUAUAUCCUGGCACAAAAUACAAGUCAA